AUGUUGAAACGAAGAACUCUUGGAACGGUGGUGAAACUCCCCAGGAGCGACUGGCCUGCCAAGGUUUCUCCAGAGGCGCAGCCUAAAAUCAUCCAGACCGUCACAGAAGAUCCUGAAGCUGCGUCCAGAGAACUGCAGGCUCCUCUCGGAGUUUUGCCGAACUCUUCCCGCAGGCCGAAUGUGUGUGGAUCCCGUCAUCAUGCGUACUGCUGUCCCGGAUGGAAGACCUUGACCGGAGGGAACCAGUGCAUCGUCCCUAUUUGUCGCAGCCCCUGCGGAGACGGCUUCUGCUCCAGACCCAACAUGUGCACCUGUCCGAGCGGCCAGAUCGCUCCCACCUGUGGAUCCAAAUCAGUCCAGAACUGUAACAUCCGCUGCAUGAACGGCGGGUCGUGUGCGGAGGACCAGUGUCUGUGUCAGAAGGGAUACUCCGGGGCUCACUGCGGCCAGCCGGUGUGUGAGUCCGGCUGUCUGAACGGAGGCCGAUGCGUCGCUCCAAACCGCUGCCUGUGUAACUACGGCUUCACUGGAGCUCAGUGUGAGAGAGAUUACAGGACGGGGCCGUGUUUCGCGUCGGUCAGUAACCAGAUGUGUCAGGGUCAGCUGACGGGAAUCGUCUGCACUAAGACACUGUGCUGUGCGACGGUAGGACGGGCCUGGGGUCAUCCGUGUGAGCAGUGUCCAGCACAACCACACCCCUGCCGCCGCGGCUUCAUUCCCAACCACCGCUCAGGGGCCUGUCAGGAUGUGGACGAGUGCCAGGCCAUUCCUGGACUCUGUCAGGGGGGAAACUGUGUGAAUACUGUGGGCUCAUUUGAGUGCAAAUGCCCUGCUGGACACAAGUUCAACGAAAUUACACAGAAAUGUGAAGGUAAUGACACUCACACACGCACACUUUUGAUUCCCAUCCACACCAUCGGCAGCUACUUCUGCAGGUGUCCGGUGGGCUUCGACACGGCGCUGGACGGCUCGCGCUGCAUCGACGCUCGGACGGGCUUCUGCUACGCCAACAUCGUGAGCGGGCGCUGUGCUAACCUGCUGCCGCAACGUAUGUCCAAGAGCCAAUGCUGCUGUGAGAACAGAGGAUGCUGGUCCGGAUCCAGCGUCCCAGAGAUGUGUCCCAUCCGCGGAACAGAGGAGUAUCAGAGACUCUGUCUGUAUAGUUACACGGUUCCUGAUCCAGACCGACCAGAUCUGAUUCCGCUUCCGGGUCCAGGUCCGCUUCCGCUUCCGGGUCCUGGUAUUGGUCCUCGUCCUGGUCCUGGUCCGGGUUUUCCCGAUGACCCACGAGAUCCUUACCCUCGUGAUCCAAAACCUUUGCCGCCCACAUCUGUUGACCUUCCCUCCUUCACCAUCAGACCUGUCAUCCUGUCUCAGAACUUCAGCAUCAGGAACAUGUGCGAGGCGUUUCGUAACCUGUGCAUCAACGGCCGCUGCGUGCCGACGCCAGGCAGCUACCGCUGCGAGUGCAACAUGGGCUACCGGCUGGACGGCCGCGGCGAAUGCAUCGAUGCGAACGAGUGUGAGCGGAGCCCCUGUGUGAACGGGGAGUGUGUGAACACCCCUGGAUCCUAUUAUUGCCAGUGUCCCACCGGAUUCCAGAGCACGGCCACCAGAACCGAGUGUCGAGAUCUGGAUGAGUGUGUGGCCAACGGUCGCAUCUGCAACAACGGUCGCUGCGUCAACACGGAGGGCAGCUUCCACUGCGUGUGCAACGCCGGCUUCGAGAUCUCAGCUGACGGAAGGAACUGCCAAGACACUGAUGAGUGUUUGAUAAGGAACAUCUGUCUGAACGGCAUGUGCAUCAAUGAGGAUGGCAGCUUCAAGUGCAUCUGCAAACCUGGAUACUUGUUAGAUGGUACUGGACGGUUCUGUGUGGAUGUGGACGAGUGUGAGGUUCCUGGCAUGUGUAUGAACGGUCGCUGCGUCAACACCGAGGGAUCGUUCCGCUGCGAGUGUAUGCCGGGACUCGCCGUGGGGCUCGACGGACGCGUCUGCGUAGACACACACAUGCGCAGCACGUGUUACGGAGGAUAUAAGCGUGGUCAGUGUGUGCGACCAUUCUUCGGCGCUGUGACCAAAUCUGAGUGCUGCUGCGCCAGUGUGGAGUAUGCUUACGGAGAGCCGUGCCAGCCAUGCCCGCCGCUCAACUCAGGUACACACUCCUCCCUCUGUGUGUCAGAUAUAAAUGAGUGUGCGCUGGAUCCUGAUAUCUGUCAGAACGGCGUGUGCGAGAACAUGCUCCGAACAUACAAGUGUAACUGUAAUCUGGGCUUUGAGGUGGACAUCAGCGGGAAGACCUGCGUCGAUGUGGACGAGUGCAUGAUGAACAGACACCUGUGUGAGAACGGCCUGUGCAGAAACACACCGGGCAGCUUCACCUGCCACUGUCCGAAGGGCUUCACCUUCCAGCCCGAGACAGAGGUGUGUGAAGACGUGGACGAGUGCUUGAGUAACCCGUGUGUGAACGGCGAUUGUAAGAACAGCGCCGGGUCGUUCGCGUGUCUCUGCUCCGCGGGAAGCAUUCUGGACAGCUCAGGAACUCUGUGUGUGGAGACCACUAAGGGCACGUGUUGGCUGAAGAUGGUGAAUGGACCGUGUGAGGUUAACAUUAACGGAGCGACGCUGAAGUCUCACUGCUGUGCUACGCUGGGGGCGGGCUGGGGCUCGCCGUGUGCCAAAUGUGUACCAGAUCCGUUCUGCUCUAAAGGUUACGCGCGAGUGAAGGGGACCAUCUGUGAGGAUGUGAACGAGUGUGACGUGUUUCCCGGCGUCUGCAUCAAUGGGAAGUGUGUGAACACAGACGGGUCGUUCAUCUGCCAGUGUCCCAGUGGGAUGACGGUGGACUCCACUGGAAGGACCUGCGUUGACCUGCGGACGGAGCUGUGUUACCUCACACACGUUGAUGAGCGCUGCGGCGCUCCGAUCACGGGCCGGCACCGUGUGGACGCCUGCUGCUGCUCCGUGGGUGUGGCCUGGGGCCCGGAGUGCGACGAGUGUCCGGAGAAAGGAACGCCAGAAUACACCCAGCUCUGCCCUCGGCCCGGAUUCUCCCACCGCGGAGACUUCAUCAACGGCAAACCCUUCCUGAAAGAUAUAAACGAGUGUAAGAUGAUCCACAGCUUGUGCACAAACGGCCGCUGCAGGAACACCAUCGGUAGCUUCCGCUGCAGGUGCGACAGCGGCUUCGCUCUGGACUUUGAUGAAAGGAACUGCACAGAUAUCGACGAGUGCCGCAUCUCUCCUGAUCUGUGCGGUCACGGCACGUGUGUGAACACAGCCGGUGAUUUCCAGUGCGAUUGCUUCACUGGAUACGAGAGCGGCUUCAUGAUGAUGAAGAACUGCAUGGACAUCGACGAGUGCGAGCGCAACCCUUUGCUCUGCAGAGGAGGUGAAUGCAUCAACACUGAGGGCAGCUUCCGCUGCGAGUGUCCAGAGGGCCACGAGAUCGCUCCUGACGGCUCCGCCUGCCUGGAUAUCAAUGAGUGUGAACUGAGUGACAAGCUGUGCAGGAACGGUCAGUGUGUGAACAUGAUCGGACGCUAUCAGUGCUCCUGCAACACCGGCUACAAAUCCACCGAAGACAGACUCUCCUGCGUCGAUAUCGAUGAAUGCACCAUUGAGAACGGCGGCUGUGAGACGUUCUGCACCAAUUCAGAGGGAAGUUAUGAGUGCAGCUGUCGCCGCGGUUACGCCCUAAUGCCUGACCUCAGGAGCUGCACAGAUAUCGAUGAGUGUGAGGACAGUCCUGACAUCUGUCACGGCGGUCAGUGCACCAACAUCCCCGGGGAAUUCCAGUGCCUGUGUUUCGACGGCUACAUGUCGUCUGAGGAUAUGAAAUCAUGUCUGGAUGUGAAUGAAUGUGAGCUGAAUCCAAACAUCUGUCUGAGCGGGAAGUGUGAAAACACCAAGGGCUCGUUCAUCUGUCACUGUGACCUCGGCUUCUCUGUCAGGAAAGGGACAACCGGCUGUACAGAUAUUAACGAGUGUGAGAUCGGCGCUCAUAACUGCGACCGACACGCGAGCUGUACGAACACCGCCGGCAGCUUCAGAUGCAGCUGCGCUCCGGGCUGGAUCGGGAACGGGAUCAGAUGCACAGAUCUGGACGAGUGUUCUAACGGGAAGCACCUGUGCAGCCCCAGCGCAGACUGCAUGAACACCAUGGGCUCCUACCGCUGCCUGUGCAAAGAGGGAUUCACUGGAGACGGCUUCUACUGCGUCGACACGGAUGAGUGUGCGGAGAACGUGAAUCUGUGUGAGAACGGACACUGUCUGAACGUCGCGGGUGGAUACCGCUGUGAGUGUGACAUGGGCUUCAUCCCCACCGCAGACAGGAAAGCCUGUGAAGACAUAGACGAGUGCACGUUUGCAGACAUCUGCGUGAACGGCCGCUGCCGCAAUAUCCCGGGUCUGUUCCGGUGCCUGUGUGACCCCGGGUACGAGCUGGACCACAGCGGAGGAAACUGCACAGAUGUGGACGAGUGCACCAGCCCCACCACCUGCAUCAGCGGCCUGUGUGUGAACACGCCGGGCAGUCACAUCUGCAGCUGUCCGCCGGACUUCGAGCUCAACCCCACCGGAGUCGGCUGCGUCGACACUCGCUCUGGAAACUGCUAUCUGGAGGUGCGAUAUCGCGGCGAUUUCUCCGACAGUCUGCACUGCUCGACCGAGAUCGGAGUGGGAGUUUCCAAAGCGUCCUGCUGCUGCUCUCUGGGUCAGGCCUGGGGGUCACCCUGCGAGACCUGUCCGCCGCUCAACUCCACGGCGUACAGGAUUCUUUGUCCUGGAGGAGAAGGAUUCCGACCCAAUCCCAUCACUGUGAUACUAGAGGAAAAUAUACUAUUUACACUUAGUGCAAAUAGCCACUGCCUUAAAAUAUUGAUUAAUUGUGUGUGUGUAGAUGUGGAUGAGUGUGAGCAUCCCGGCAUCUGUGGUCCGGGUCAGUGUUACAACACCAUUGGGAACUACACCUGCAUCUGCCCUCCGGAGUACAUGCAGAUCAACGGAGGAAACAACUGCAUGGACAUGAGGAAGAGCUUGUGCUACAGGAACUACUACUCUUAUAACGCCACAUGUGAUGGAGAGCUGACCUUCAACAUGACCAAGAAGUUCUGCUGCUGCUCAUACAACAUCGGUCGGGCCUGGAAUAAACCCUGCGAGAAGUGUCCCGUCCCCAGCACCAAUGAGUUCGCUGUGCUGUGUGGAAGUGAGAGACCUGGAUAUUUCAUUGACAUUUACACCGGUCAAGUCAUUGACAUCGACGAGUGCCGUGAGAUUCCUGGUGUGUGUGAGAACGGCGUGUGUAUCAACAUGAUCGGCAGUUUCCGCUGUGAAUGUCCGAUGGGUUUUGUCUAUAAUGACAAGUUGCUGAUCUGUGAGGAUAUUGACGAGUGUCAGAAUGGGCUGGUGUGUCAGCAGAACGCCGUCUGUCUGAACGUUCCUGGAAGUUUCCGCUGCGAGUGUAAACCUGGAUACCGGCAAACUCCCACCCAGCAGUGUGUCGAUCGUAAUGAGUGUGCUGAGAAUCCAAACAUCUGCAGUCCUGGUCAGUGUAUUGACAUGGUGGGUAGUUACCGCUGCAUCUGCCCCAACGGCUUCAAAUCCACGCCAGACCUGUGUAUCGAUGUGGACGAGUGCGAGCGUCAGCCGUGUGGAAAUGGAACCUGUAAGAACACUGUGGGCUCCUACAACUGCCUGUGUUACCCAGGAUUCCAGCUGUCACACAACAACGACUGCAUCGACACAGACGAGUGCACGUCGCUCCGGGGCUUGUGUCGGAACGGAAACUGCAUCAACACGGUGGGCUCGUUUGUGUGCGUGUGUCUAGACGGGUAUAAACUAUCUCCUGAUGGCCGGAUGUGCGUGGACAUCAACGAGUGUUUGAUCAGCCCCGGUACCUGUGGCCCGGGAACGUGCCAGAAUCUGGACGGCUCCUACAGGUGCAUCUGUCCUCCUGGAUACUUCCUGCAGAACGACAGGUGUGAAGAUAUCGACGAAUGCUCUCAGACGGCAGAGAUCUGCAUCUUUGGCAAGUGUGUGAACACGCCAGGCAGCUUCAGGUGCGAGUGUCCGGAGGGAUUCCAGCUGUCCUCGACCGGAAAGAGAUGUGUGGCAUACAAAACUCUGUGUCCUGCACCUGGUAAAAUCCCCACUGUACACGACACGACUGUGGAUGUGGACGAGUGUUCAGAAAACCCCGGCAUCUGCAGGAACGGCCACUGCAUCAACACCGACGGGACGUUCCGCUGCGAAUGCCCCUUCGGAUACCGGCUCGACUUCACUGGGAUCAACUGUGAAGACACGAACGAGUGUGAGCUGGGGAACCCGUGUGGGAACGGCUCCUGCACAAACAUGGAGGGAGCGUUUGAGUGCAGCUGCGACGAGGGGUUCGAGCCCGGACCCAUGAUGACCUGUGAAGAUAUCAACGAGUGUUCCCAGAAUCCCCUGCUGUGUGCGUUCCGCUGUGUCAACACGGUGGGCUCGUACGAAUGCAAAUGUCCAGCGGGAUACGUGCUGAGAGAAGACCGCCGGAUGUGCAGAGAUCAGAACGAGUGCGAGGAGGGUCUGGAUGACUGUGCGUCCAGAGGAAUGACCUGUAAGAAUCUGAUCGGCACGUACAUGUGCAUCUGCACGCCGGGAUACACCAGACAGCCCAACGGAGACAGCUGCGUGGAUCUGAACGAAUGCACGGCCAAACCAGGCAUCUGUGAGAACGGCCGCUGCGAGAACACGGUGGGCAGUUACCGCUGCGUCUGCGAUCAGGGCUUCAGUCCCAGUCCCAGCAGAACUGAGUGCAUCGAUAACCGUCAGGGCUUCUGCUUCCUGGAGGUUCUGCAGAUCAUGUGUCAGAUGAGUUCCAGCAGUCGCGUCAGCGUUAGGAAGUCCGAGUGCUGUUGUGACGGGGGCCGCGGCUGGGGGCCCAACUGUGAGCUCUGUCCGCUGCCCGGGACCACGCAGUACAAGAAGAUGUGCCCGCUGGGCCCCGGAUACACCACCGACGGCGAGGAUAUCGACGAGUGUAAGGUGAUGGGGAAUCUGUGCAAGAACGGCCAGUGUCUGAACACGCUGGGCUCCUUCAGCUGCGUCUGUAAACCCGGAUACACCACUGACAUCAGCGGCACGCAGUGUGUGGAUGUGGACGAGUGUGUUCAGGCUCCUAAACCCUGUAACUUCAUCUGUAAGAACACGGAUGGCGGAUAUCUGUGCUCCUGCCCGCGAGGAUACGUGAUGCAGGACGAUGCCAAGAGCUGCCGGGGUAAAAUACACACACACAGACACAGACACACAGAGAGAGAGAGAGCGGUUAGUGAGUCUAGACUAAAUCUGACUUCCUCCUGCCCCAGAUAAGAGAUAAACACACACAAACACACGUGUGUGUCUCUGUGGUGCGUGCGUGCGUAUGUGUAUGUGUGUGUGUGUGUGUCUCUGUCUCUCAGGCACUGUCUGUCGGGCGCGGGGCUGUCGGCUGGAUCUCCUCACACUCCCGCCGCUGAUGGAGACGAGAACGCUCUCUCUCCCGAGGCCUGCUACGAGUGUAAGAUCAACGGUUAUCCGAAGAAGGGCCGCAAACGCAGGAACGCCAACGAAACCGAGGAGCUUCAGAACGAUCUGGACUGGGUCAGUCUGGCCAGUGUAGACGUGGAUGAUACGCUGCAGCUGCGUCUGAACAUCAGCACACUGAAGAGCAAAGACCACAUCAUCGACUUCGUGCCGGCGCUGUCCACGCUCGCUAACCACGUGCGCUACGCUAUCGACUACGGCAACGACGACGGUCUGUUCCGCAUGAACCAGAAGGACGGCGUCAGCUACCUGCACAUAUCCAAGAAGAGAGCUCUCCAGCCGGGAGCGUAUUAUUUACGAAUCCGCAGCGUGCCGCAGACCGGCAGCCCAGAGCGGCCCGACACAGACUACCUCAGCGGGCAGCGAGGAGACGCUCUGCACAUCAGCGUCCAGAUCGUCCUGCACUGACGGACACUCGGACAGACCGCAGCAGCCACGCCCAAAGAGCAGCACGCACCGCAUCAUACGCUCGCAUUACACAUCACUAGGGUUGGGUAUUGUUUGAUUCCAAUUCCAAUUCUGCUCACCGAUUCCCAGUUUCGAUUCCAACGUGGUUAAAAAAAUCAAGUCAAACAUUUCGCUGCCUUGCAGUUAUAAGGUUCUGUCUGCAUUCUGAGCAGUUUUGAGAUACUGAGAUUCAAAGAUGUGGCGUUCCAUAGACUUCCAUAUUUUCUUUACAAAGGCUCAACAUCUACACAGCUUACAAAAGAAACAUCACAUAAUGUAAAUAAGUUGUCACAGAAUAGGAAUGUGUGAAACAUGUCAGAUAGAACCUUAUAAUUCCAAGUCGACGAUUUAGAUAUCAAACUUAUUUAUUAUUCUGUAUCUCUUUUUAAAACAUUUAAUUGCCUGCUGAAUACCAUAAACACAAAUCGAUUAUGAGCUGUUUGUGUGCAAAAUAGAGCCGAUUCUGGAUACAUUUAGACUUUUUUAUUUUUUAAUGGAGGUUGUAGUUCUGUCACAAUUCUGGAGAAAACAUAUUAGACAACUAAACAAAAUCUCAUGGAA